AUGGGUAUUGCGUUCGCCACCAAGCAGGUGUGCGAGACAAUCCACAUAGUAGCAGACAAUGAGUCCGCGCUCAAGACCUUGCUGGAUCCGACCCGACCGCACGGGCAACAGCUGGUCUCAGUGAUCGCGUGCACCAACGCGCGCGAGUGGCUGGACAGGGAUGCACGGCGACGCAUCAUCUUCCAUUGGUGCCCAUCGCACGUCGGGAUCGAGUGGAACGAGGCGGUCGAUGCGGACGCGAAAGCGGCUGCAAACUUGCCUCCAGAGCGCGAGCAAUGCUCGGCGGCGUUCGCGCGCCAUCUGUUGGCAGUACGGCUGAAGUCGGAGUGGCGGGAACAGUACCGCAACUCACGCCCAUAUGCGGGCCACGACUUUCUGCGAUUGCGGGUGUUCGACCCGCCAAAACACACGACCAGCGCUGCGCUCGGGGCGCACGGACACUCGCCUGCAGCGAUGUCCCGGUUCUGCCGCGCGGUGCUCAACCAUGCACCCAUCGGAUCCUUCCGAGCACGAUUCUUCAAGGGCGAACCUACAGAAUGCCCAAGAUGCCAUGUGCUGCAAAGCCGCAGCCAUGUGCUGCUCGAGUGCACGAGGUACGAGCGCUGGUGGCGCUGCGGGGGCGAGUUCGACUUCUUGCAGCGCCUCGAGGCGUACCAAGACCUCAACGCAUUCAUCACCGAGAACGAUGGCGCGUUCACGUUUGCGGACGCGCCGUCCUAA